AUGGCACAACCCAUAGAUAUCAAUUCAGUAUCAGUCGAUAUCGAUAAUUCUCCAACGAUGGAGAUACAAUCACCAAUAGAACCUGUCCGUACACAAACAACGGAUUAUAGCGAAAUUCUGCGUCGUCUUGCUGGAAUUCAUGCCGCAUAUGUUCCAUGUUUCACUAUUUGUAUUUCACUCGAUUUCUUAUUUACGAUGAUGACAUUAGUUGUUGGAAGUGCGAAUAUUCAUGGAUGUCCACUCGAACCUAUGAUUCCAACUUAUUUGGUCGUGUCAAGUGUAUUCAAUCUUUUAAGUAUUGUUCUAUCAACUGUCGCUUGUACAUGUCAUUUAAGAGGAAAAGACAAAGAUCUAACGGGAUUUUUCUUUGUUAUUUUUGCUUCCAUCGCGAUUAUAAUUAUUCAAUUAUUUCGUUUUAUCUGGCUCAUUCUCGGAACCAUAUGGGUAUUUAAAAAUUUCAAUCAAGUAGAUUACAAUCCAUACAACACUCAGUCGAUGUAUUGUCAAGCUGGUCUCUACCAGUACGCAAUGCUUGCGAUUGUUUUCCAAUACAUUACACCACUGAUUUCGUGUUGUUGUAAGAAUUUUCCAUUUCGAAAACAGACAUAA